UUUUCUUUUCUGUCAUGUGAUCAGAUUUUUUUUUUCAAGUAGUGGAGUAUGUGUAAAUCACUAGUUCUCUAGGAAGAGAAAAAAAAAUACGAAACACCAAAAAUCGAGUUUUGAUACUAAUUUGCUUAAUAUAUAUUUUUAAAUAUCAGAUUAGAUUUGAUAAUUAUUUUGCCAGCCUUCCAAUCUAAUAUAGACCAAGUAAAUUUGUGCGUGUCCCAGUGAAUGGCCUUAUGAUAAUUUAAGCUUACCUUUUUCGACAAGAAAGUACAGAAAGAAAAUAUUUGAUAUGUUGGUGUAACAUUGUAGUCGUUACCACUCAAUCGCGCUGUGAUUUUGCUGUAUUAAAGUUUUGCAUACCUUCCUUUAUCAGCUUUAUAUAUUUCUCUUUAUUUACCAUCUUUCUUGCUCCAAAUAUCAUCUUCUUUAAAAUAACAAGAAAGGCUCUCUUCUCUCUACAGCUUUGAUCAUAUGGAAGAUCAAAAGGAGAACAAGAACUCGCCAUGGCUAUCAGUACCACAGUUUGGAGACUGGGAUCAGAAAGGAGGACCAGUUCCUGAUUACUCAAUGGAUUUCUCCAAGAUCAGAGAGAUGAGGAAACAGCACAAGAGAGAUCCUUCUCGAGCCAGUCUUGGCAAUGAACAAGACUUCAUUAACCCAUUUCACAAUCAACCUACUUCGGUUGAUAAAACUAAGGCUAAGCUCACAACUGUCCACAGUGACAACAACAUAACCAACAAUGAGUUCCCUCACCACCAGCGACAUCCUCCAUCUACGAGGAGAGGAAUCUUCAGCUGCUUCAACUGCUGCGUUAAAGCUUGACGCUAUUUCGUAACAGUGAGUCAGAGACAAUGAGGAGAUGUGUUUCACUUAUUUAUAAUAAUGAAGUAAGAAAUGAGAAAUGGGAGUGACACCUUUUUACAUACAUUCCUGCGAAAGCAGCAGCGUUAAUCAAGUUUAUGUGCUGUUUACUGUUAUCUUACAAUUCUAUAACUAAUGUAGCUUUCUUUCUUUAGAGAUUGGUAACUUUUCAAUAUUGUGAUACAUACUACAAUGCAUUUAUAUAAAAAGAUAAGUCGUGUUUACUGAA